UGGCGGCGGCGCAUAUGUGAACCUGUGAGGAUCAUGGCGGAUUUGGUGAUUCUUUUCACGUCGAUUGGGCUCAGUGAGCAGAAAGCUAAAGAGACAUUAAAAAAUGAAGUGCUUAGCUCUGCUCUCAAGGACGCGAUUGCUCAGGCACAAGGGCUGUUGGGAUCCACAGAUAUCGACAAAGCUACGGGAACACUGCUUUACAGUAUGGUGUCCCGGCUAAGGGAACCCCGGCGUUUGGCUUUUUUGACACAGCACAUCGUCCAACGCAAGAUCACCACAGAGCUGCAGGUGUCAGCGGCACUGGACUAUGUGAAGAGCCACCCACAGGACCCUCUGGACGAGAAAGCCUUCGAGAGUGCCUGUGGUGUGGGUGUUGUCAUCACACCAGAAGAGAUAGAGGAUACGGUUGAGCAGAUCAUCAGAAAGCACAAAGAGCAGCUACUGUCAGAAAGAUACCGGUUUAACAUGGGGCUCCUAAUGGGUGAGGUCAGAGCUGCCAUGAAAUGGGCUGAUGGGAAGAUUGUAAAGAAUGAAGUAGACAUGCAGGUGUUGCACCUCUUGGGCCCUAAAACGGAGGCAGACUUGGAGAAGAAACCAAAGGCAGCUAAGGCCAAAGCCCCAGAGAAUGAAACUAAGGAGGAAAAGAGCAGUACUGUGAACGGAGAAGUUAAAACGGAGGCAAAGUCUCUGAUGGAGCAGUUGAGAGGGGAAGCUCUCAAAUUCCAUAAGCCAGGAGAGAAUUACAAGACUGAAGGUUAUGUUGUAACACCCAACACCAUGAACCUGCUGAAACAGCAUCUGGAAAUAACUGGUGGCCAGGUGCGGACACGCUUUCCUCCUGAACCCAACGGCAUCCUGCACAUAGGCCAUGCCAAGGCCAUUAACUUCAACUUUGGCUUUGCCAAGGCAAAUAAUGGUAUCUGCUUCCUCCGAUAUGAUGAUACCAACCCAGAGAAAGAGGAAGAGAAAUACUUCACUGCUAUCCGAGAAAUGGUGGAGUGGCUGGGUUACAAACCCUAUGUGAUCACCCACGCGUCCGACUACUUCCAACCCCUCUACGACCUUGCCGUGGAGCUCAUUCGCAGGGGCCAUGCGUACGUGUGCCACCAGCGUGGCGAGGAGCUGAAGGGCCACAACGUGCCUUCGUCGCCGUGGCGGGAUCGGCCGGUUGCGGAGUCGCUGGUGCUCUUCGAGAGGAUGAGGAAGGGCAUGUUCACCGAGGGCGAAGCCACUCUCCGCAUGAAGAUGGUCAUGGAGGACGGCAAGAUGGACCCGGUGGCCUACCGCAUCAAGUACACGGCCCACCACAGGAGCGGGGACACCUGGUGUAUUUAUCCUACAUAUGACUAUACACACUGCCUGUGUGACUCCAUCGAGCACAUCACGCACUCGCUCUGCACCAAAGAGUUCCAAGCCAGGCGGUCGUCAUAUUUCUGGCUGUGCAAUGCUCUGGACGUCUACUGCCCCGUGCAGUGGGAGUAUGGCAGGCUCAACCUCACCUACACGGUGGUCUCCAAGAGGAAGAUUAUCAAACUAGUGGAGACGGGCGUGGUCAGAGACUGGGAUGACCCGCGCCUCUUCACCCUCACAGCUCUCAGGCGACGUGGCUUCCCUCCUGAGGCCAUCAACAACUUCUGUGCACGUGUGGGCGUGACUGUUUCCCAGACGACCACAGAGCCCCACCUACUGGAGGCAUGUGUGAGGGAGGUGCUUAAUGACACCGCACCAAGAGCCAUGGCUGUCCUGGAGCCUCUCAGAGUUACCAUCACCAAUCUUCCCAGCAACGCACAGUCAGAUGUUCGUGUUCCUGACUUCCCUGCUGAUGAGAGCAGGGGCAGCCAUGUUGUUCCCUUCUCCAAAACCAUCUUCAUCGAGGAGAACGACUUCCGAGAGGUAAUGGAGAAGGGCUUUAAGCGUCUGACCCCUGAGCAGCCAGUAGGCCUGAGACAUGCAGGCUAUGUCAUAUCUGUGCAGCGCGUCAUCAAAGAUGCCAGCGGUAAGGUGGUGGAGCUGGAAGUAACCUGCACCAGCUCGGACUCUGCUGAGAAGCCCAAGGCCUUCAUACACUGGGUCAGCCAGCCACUGCAGUGUGAAGUGCGUCUCUACGAGCGGCUCUUCCUCCACAAAAACCCAGAAGACGCAACCGAAGUGCCUGGUGGCUUCCUGAGUGACAUCAACCUGCAUUCCCUGAAAGUGAUUGAAAGUGCCUUAGUAGACCGGUCAGUAAGCACAGCCAAGGUCUUUGAUAAAUUCCAGUUUGAGAGAGAGGGUUAUUUCUCUGUGGAUCCAGAUAGUACCACUGAAAAGCUGGUUUUCAAUAGGACUGUUAUGCUCAAGGAGGACCCUGGAAAGAUAUGAUUGGUCUAGAGAAAAGAAGUUGGAUGUUUACAGCCCAUGAGCCCAGCAGCAUCUUUAUGUAUACUGGACUACAUCACUGUACUGUAUCAGCAUGUAGACAAUGUGCAGGUCUAACAGUACUCCUUAGAAGGUCAGAUGUCUAUGGGAACUAUGCAGCUGCUGUUCAGUCUUGGUGCUUAAAUAUGCAAUGUUCUUUUUCUUGUUGAUUUGAUUGCCUUUAAAUAACUGAUACUGCUGCAAUUUACCAUCUGUUAACUUUGAGAAGUGACUCAAACAUUUGAAAUAAACCAUAUUUAAAUAA